CGCUUGGCGUCGGCGCCGCGAGCCGCGGCACCUGCUGCCGGGCGCCCGCGAGGGGAGCCCAGGAGGGCGCAUGCGCGGACGGGGAUGCGCUGGGGGACAGCGGCCGGGCUCGGAGGGGAUGCGGAGAAAAGGAGCAGAACUGCAUGACAAACUACCUUAAGAUAACCAGGAUGCAUUUUCAGUGGGACUGGCUGUGCUUGGGUCUCCUGAUAAUUAGCUCAGUAACUGCAGAAAUGGAAAACGAAGAAAUUUUGGGAGCAGAUGUUGAAGUGGAGGAUUUUGACAAACAAUCUCAAGAAGCUGAUGUUGACAAAGAUGAAUCUUCCUUAGGGAUUGUAUACCAGACGCCAAAGCCAACUGGGGAAGUGUAUUUUACAGAAACCUUUGAUGGAGUAUUGACAGGGUGGAUAUUGUCUAAAACCAAGAAAGAAGACACGGAUGAUAACAUUGCUAAAUAUGAUGGAAGAUGGGAAGUAGAAGAGCUGAAAGAAAACACAGUACCUGGAGACAGAGGAUUAGUGUUAAAAUCGGUGGCAAAGCAUCAUGCAAUAUCAACUAUGCUAACAAAGGCAUUUAUUUUUGAUAAUAAACCUUUGAUUGUUCAAUAUGAAGUGAAUUUUCAAGAAGGCAUUGACUGUGGUGGUGCAUAUAUUAAACUUCUCUCCAGUAGUAAUGACUUGAAUCUGGAAUACUUUUUUGACAAAACACCUUAUACUAUUAUGUUUGGACCAGAUAAAUGUGGAGAAGAUUACAAACUACACUUUAUCUUCAGACAUAAGAAUCCUAAAACUGGAGAGUAUGAUGAAAAACAUGCAAAACGCCCUGAUGUAGACCUAAAAAAGUUCUAUUUGGACAAGAAGACUCAUCUGUACACACUUGUGCUAAAACCAGAUGAUACAUUUGAAAUGUUAAUCGACCAAACAGUUGUCAGUAAAGGAAGUCUCCUUGAGGAUAUGGUUCCUCCAGUAAACCCUCCCAGAGAAAUAGAGGAUCCUGCUGACAAGAAGCCUGAUGACUGGGAUGAAAGACCAAAAAUACCUGAUCCCAACGCUGUCAAACCAGAUGACUGGGAUGAAGAUGAGCCUUCCAGAAUAGAAGAUCUUGAUGCUGUUAAGCCUGAGGGAUGGCUUGAUGAUGAACCACAAUAUGUUCCAGACCCUAAUGCAAAAAAACCAAAGGACUGGGAUGAAGAAAUGGAUGGGGAGUGGGAAGCCCCUCAGAUCCCUAAUCCAAAGUGUGAGACCGCACCUGGUUGCGGAAUCUGGGUGCGUCCCAUGAAGAAUAACCCAAAGUAUAAAGGAAAAUGGAAAGCACCUAUGAUAGAUAAUCCUAAUUAUCAGGGAAUCUGGAGUCCUCGGAAAAUACCUAACCCAGACUAUUUUGAAGAUCCUCACCCAUUUGAGAUGACAGCUGUCAGUGCUAUUGGUUUAGAACUCUGGUCUAUGACAUCUGAUAUCUACUUCGAUAACUUCAUUAUAUGUUCAGAAAAAGAAGUAGCUGAUCGUUGGGCAGCAGAUGGCUGGGGCUUGAAGAAAUUAGUAGCAAGUGCUAAUGAGCCUGGAAUGUUUAGUCAACUGGUGACAGCUGCAGAAGACCACCCAUGGCUCUGGGUUCUUUACAUCUUGACUUUAGCACUCCCCAUUGGUCUAGGUGUGUUGUUCUGCUGGCCAGCAAAGAAAACAGAUGAAGAUAUUGAGUUCAAAAAAACUGCUAUAUCUAAGGCAAUUACAAAAGGAGAAAUAAAACAAGAGAGAGAAGAGUUAGAAGAUGAUGAAAUAGAUUUAGAAGAAGAAAAAGAAAAUGAAGAUAUUGUUGAAGAUGAGAGAAGAGAACCAGAGGAGACAAAAGGAGAGUUGGUAAAGGAUACACAGAAGAUGGAAAGGGAGGCUUCUCCUUCAGAAGAUGAGGGUGAAGGUGGUGAAGAUAUUUAUGAAGAGGAAGAAAAUAAAGUUGCAGAUGGAAGUCAAGAAGAAGCUGAUAAGUCAAAUAAAUCUGGUUCAGAAGAUGAGAUGAAAGAAGAUGAUGAAAGCACAAGUUCUGGAGAUGGUCCACUGAAAUCAGUGCGCAAAAGAAGAGUACGGAAGGACUGAGUUAUUUCCAGUUAGUAACUUUUGGCAUGUCACUGCAGUGGGCCUGACAGCGUGCAGGUUCCUGAGAUUUGAAGGGAGAAGUGAGACUCAUUGCGACUUAACCUCUUUUAAAGCCCUAAUCUCUUUUGACCUUCCCAAACGUCGAUUCCCUUUUUUAAGAAGAAAUACCAUCUGUGAUGAGUUAGCUGAUGCUUCAAAUCUAGAAUAAAAGUGAAAUUGCAAGUUGGCCAACUGAUUUAAAAAUGAAGAUUCUUAAGAUUUGAGGAUUCUUAGAGAUUAGUAUUAGUUGGAGAUAAACUUUUACUCUAAAUAUUUUUAAAAACAUGAAUAAAUUAUAAUAUUUUUGCAGCUCUAGCACACAUUUUAGCUGUUGACACAUUUCAGCUAAAAGAGGAUUGUGGUAUAGAUGUAGCAUCUACAGCAGUUCACACUGUUAAGAGAAAAGGUGUUUUUUUUCUUGUGCAGAGCUAAAUGCAAUAAUUGUUUUUGUAUGAUGAUUUAGUGCUAGUAACAAUUUUUAUUGUACAUUAUUUAUUUCCGUUGAUACUGUUACAUGGAUAGUCAUCUGUUCACUUUAAACAUUGGUUACAAUAUUUUAAGAGCUAUUUCAAAACAGAAUACUCAUAGAACAAGUGGUUAAUUGAUGACUUGUUUUGCUUUUUUGAAUGCAGAUAUCAAAUCUACAGAAGUGAAAUACAAAUGAUUUUUUUCAAACUUUUAUAGCUCUCAUGUUCCAAGCCAGAACGGUAUAGGCUUUGUUUAUAGAAUACUUGCUAAGUGUACAUUACAUCCUGAAAAUAUUUAAUAAUUCUUGCUUAACAUGAAAUUUAUUAACAUAGAUACAAAUUUUUGAUGGAUUAAGUUUUUGUUUUUUUUAUAGAUGUGAGUACCUGGGCAUUCUCUUAAUAUAGUUUAAAUAAACUGCGUAAGAGAAAUUUUGUUUUGUUACCGUGUUCAACUGUACAUUGAAAUAGUUCAACUGUAUAUUAAAACAAACAAACAAUAAAACCAGUUACUGGAAUCCU